UUAUUUUGUUGCUUAAUCCAUAGCCUUUUUCAGUCAUUACUUUUUUUGGUCCGCUUUUCGGUUAUACAUAUAUUGGUAAAACACAACACACACGGCUAUCAUGCGUGUGAUGGGGGAGAAACAUCGCAGAGCACCGGCGCUAUUGUUUCGUCAUUUUAACUGUAACGUGCGUUAGUCUUAUGACGUGGAAAACUUGAUAUUCACACAUAAAUAGCAGUAACGUAAUGAGAAGUAAACACUUAAGUAUGUAUGUCUUAUGCAGUUGAAAACAGUAACGAUGUGCUCAUACGAAGAUCUUGGGUUCUUCCCAGCAGAGCUCCAAAUGGAGACAAAAAGGCUAGUGUGCAGGAUAAUGGAGGAGACAGGAGUAGAUCUGAUCAACCUGGGAAGAGACGCCACCCUCACACAUGACAAGGGCAGCAUGUUCACGGAGGGGGCCCCUCGGUCUCCCAAGUGCAGAGGGGCCAGUGUGGGGAUGCCGGACCCUGACACCACCAUCUACAUGGAGGACCCGGAAGACGAGGGAUCCUGUGUGGGCGUCAGGAUUUGGAGUUUCUCGGAGCUCCUCAUCCGGCAGGUGACCCAGCUGAUCCUGGAGUCCAGGAGGUGCGGUGCUGAGCCCUUGAUGGACCUGGACUCGGCUAAGGACUACCACGUGGAGCUGCUCUACAGGUUUGUGGAGCAGGUGGUGAAGAACCUCUUGGAGAACAUUACCCACCUGAAUCAGGACCCGCCCACUGUGGAGGCAGAGCUGGAAUUGAGGAAGGAGGCCUCUGUCCAGCUCCGCCCAUCGGAGACUGCUCUGGACGUCCCAUGUGGACUGCCCACUCUGGAGGAGGAGCUGGGCGUGGCACCAUCUUAUGGGUCCAUACCUCAGGUGCCUCUGGCCAGUGAGCUGACAGGUGCAGGGAAGCUGCAGCCCAAAAGCAGGCAGAAGUCACCCAAGUCGCUGUUCGGGCAAACGCAGAUGUUCGUGAACUCAGUGGCCCCAUUGAUUCUUGAAGAUUCACUGGACGGUUCUGCUUCUCUCUCUGCUGUUGAUAAACCCAAGAAGACCCGCUCUUCUCUGACAGAAGCCCUGUCCGGGCUCUUUUGCUUCAGCUGCAGUACAGGCAUCCAUCAAUAGAGGGAGGCAAAAUCUUCUUCACAAUUUUGUUCCAUAAUUGUGACAUUGCAGAGCUAAGAAAUAUAGCUUAUAUCUUUAAGAAAAUUGCUUUUAUCAAGCAGUUUUUUACCUUUUGUUUAUGUUGGCUCCGUGUGAACUCAGGUAAGGUACCAUAUCUAGAAUAUGGGGAUAAAUUAACAUUGCCAGAACAGUGAAUUAUGUAUUAGUAUAUUUGGCCACUUUUAAAAUGAUUUUGUUGGCUAGUAUUUGAACAUGCUGUCUGCUAUAAUGUAGUUUCCAUCCAUUUUUUUAUACGGAGCAUAUGUGCAUUCAUUUAAUGUCCAGAGAGUGCUAAGUGUAACAUGCAGCUGUGAAUGUGCGCUCAUUUUUAAAGCAUCUCAUAUCGCAUUUAAUGCACCUUUCCAUGAUUACAUUGUAAGCUGCUCUGAAUAGAUGUGCCUACCAAAUAAAAAUGAAAAUAA